AUGGAAGAUGUAGCCAGCCAUGACAACCAGAUCCACGACAUCCUUGACGACAUUAGAGACCUUAAAGAUCAGAUGAAGUCAUCCCAAUCCCAACUGGCUUUCCUCCUCUACAAUGAAGCAGAUCGACAGCGAACAGCAGUUGCAGGCAAAGUGAUGGUGAAGAACUGGUGGCAAUACAGUGACCCAAACGAACAAGGAAAACUCUUGCUGAUGGAACACCGCGAAACCAUGAUCAACUCCAUUGCGGCGGAAGCAGGCAUCAGCGACAAAGAAAUCACAAGGUUCAAAUUCGAACAUCGUCGGGGUAAGCAGCUGUCACCAUUUACGAUGGUAGACUUGGGAGACUAUGCCUUGAAGCAGCAACUACUGGAGUCAGUCAGCCAGAAAUACGACAAAAAGGGCAUCAAGGAGUGGUCCAACGAGAAGUUAAGCCAACUCCAAGGCGGCAACAACAAGGACUCGGUCAACGGCACGAUCAAAAUAGAGCCAUGUAUAUCGGCCUUUGAUCGUAUGCAAACAGAGCCUCUCAAGGCCAUCAUGGCGGUGAUCACGAAGAUGACCCCAACCUUGCAAUGGAAACAUUCCUGGAAGCACCUCACAAUCCAGAACACGGAGACAGGAGAAUACAUUGCUUGGUUAGCAUACGAUCAUCUGGAAGGUAUGGCGAAAAUCUACGUCAACAACACCCUCUACUCAGCGCGAGCCUUCGAAGACGAGUUCAUCACCGCUUACGGGAAUAUCAUGUCACGCAAGGUCAUCGGCAACAAAGGCAAAGGUAAAGGUCUUGUCUCCCUAUGCAACGUCGGUCGCAGUCGCUGCAUAUUACCAUUCCGCAGUGCUGGAGCUGAGAAACUUGGUGAAGGGCCACACGGUAGCUUCGCCUCGUGCCACUUUUGA